CGUGUUUUUGCCGCGUUCAAAGCAAUUGGGAACUCGGAAAUAAUUCAAAUGAUGACGUCAGUGAUCUUCAGGUCGGAAGGUCUGUGCUCUCCAGUUCCCACGUUGGAAUUCCGAGUUGGAUGACCUUUCAAAUGGAUUUUUUCCCAGUCUGAGCUCGUUUUUUUCGAGGUCCAAGUUGUUUUGAAUUCGGAAGUCAGAGAUUUCCGAGUUCCCAGUUGUGUUGAACGCGGCAUUUAGCUACAACAACAUCUCACAUAUGCUAUGGUUGGUGUGCAGUGAUGGCUUUUAUAAAGAGGAAAGAACGAUCGAAAGAAAGGUUUUCUCUCCUGUUGCUGGACCUGGAAGAGUAUUACUUUGAACAGCACACAGUGUAUCAUGUGACAACCAGUUCAGCCAAAAAAAGAAAGAUCAGAGGGUCACUCAAAGUAUGCUCCAAAUCCAUCAUAUUUGAACCUGAGGACCAUGUGGAGCCCAUUUUAAAGAUUCCUCUCAGAGAUUGCAAAAAGAUUGAAGCGGUUGAAGAAAAGGACCAGAAUCCUUUCAAUGAGAGCAAACCAGCUGGCCUCACCAUUUUAUGCAAACAGGUUUACCUCAUCAAAGAGAACAAUGUCGUUGCACCUUACAGAGUUGAAAGGGGAGACAGUACCUUUCUCUUCCAUCUGGAAGUUUCCAGUAAAACGGAGGAUGUUGUCCAAACAUUACUUCAGCUGCAUAGGGCCUCUUGUCUGGACAAGCUUGGAGACCAGACUGCAAUGAUUGCUGCUAAUUUACAAUCCAGAUUGGCAAGAACUUCAUUUGACAAGAACAGCUUUCAGAAUGUUUCAGAAAUUCCACACAUGGAAUGUGAGGCGGAGAUGGUGACUCCAUUGGUUACAAACCCUGGUCACGUGUGUAUAACUGACCAAAGCCUCUACUUCCAACCACUCAAUGGCUAUCCUGAACAGGUAGUCCGAAUCGAGCUCCAUCGAGUGAAACAAAUCUAUAAGAGAAGGCAUGGACUCAGGCCAUUGGGGCUGGAGGUGUUCUGUACCGAAAACGACUUCUGCUCGGACAUCUAUCUGAAGUUUUACAAGACCAGCGACAGAAAUGACCUCUACUACUACAUCGCCACGUUUCUGGAGAACCACAUGGUGGAACACACAGCGGAGAGUUACAUGCUGCAGUGGCAGCGCGGUCACCUCAGUAACUACCAGUACCUUCUGCACCUCAACAACCUGGCUGACCGCAGCGGGAACGAUCUGUCUCAGUACCCCGUUUUCCCCUGGAUCAUCGCUGACUACAACAGCACAGAGCUUGAUAUGAUGAACCCCGCAACUUUCCGUGACCUGAGCAAGCCUGUGGGAGCGCUGAAUAAAGAGAGACUAGAGAGAUUGUUGUCCCGGUACAGAGACAUGCCUGAUCCUCGUUUCAUGUAUGGCAGUCAUUACUCCUCUCCAGGCUAUGUGCUUUUCUACUUAGUCAGAGUUGCCCCAGAACACAUGCUGUGUCUUCAAAAUGGCCGCUAUGACAAUGCAGACCGCAUGUUCAAUAGCAUUGGAGAAACGUGGAAAAAUUGCUUAGAUGGUGCAACUGACUUCAAAGAGUUAAUCCCAGACUUCUAUGGGAAUGACCCCAGCUUUCUGCUAAACUGCCUUAGUCUGGAUUUGGGGAAGAGGCAAGGUGGAAGCUCGGUUCAGGAUGUAGUUCUUCCGCCAUGGGCUGCAGAUGCCAGUGAUUUUCUUCAGAAGAGUCAGAAAGCGCUGGAGAGUCAGUACGUGUCAGAACACCUGCACGAGUGGAUCGACCUGGUGUUUGGCUUCAAGCAAAAAGGAAGUGAAGCCGUGGCAGCCCACAAUGUGUUCCAUCCGUUGACAUAUGAGGGUGGCAUCGACUGUGAUAGUAUAGAGGACCCCAAUGAGAAGAUUGCCAUGUUGAUUCAGAUCCUGGAGUUUGGGCAAACCCCGACGCAACUGUUCACCACCCCACACCCACAGAGGAUAACACCCAGAUUCCAGAGCAUAUCGCGAACACCCAGUGUAAACACACCCCUCAACGAGCUUUCUCCAGCAUCCACCAGUGAGGACUCCUCCUUUGAAGACCUAACCGAAGAGACUAGGAGACUGGCUUGGAACAACAUAGCUAAACUCAAAUUGAUGUCCACCCACAAAAUCCAUAAAGAGGCUGUGACGGGCAUCGCAGUGACUCGGACCGCGUCGUCUGUCUUCACAACAUCACAAGACUCGACACUGAAGAUGUUCUCCAGAGAGUCUAAUGGAUUGCAGAGAAGCAUGUCCUUCUCCAACAUGGCGUUAUCAUCGUGCUUGAUGCUACCAGAGGAUAAGGCCGUAGUCUGCUCCUCGUGGGACAAUAAUGUGUAUUUCUACUCGAUACCAUUUGGCAGGCGUCAGGACACGUUGAUGGGCCAUGAUGAUGCCAUCAGUAAGAUGUGCUGGAAGGACAACCAGCUUUACACUGCGUCCUGGGACUCGACAGUCAAGGUUUGGCAAUGUGACUCUGCCGAUAUUGCGAAUAAUAAGAGAUGCCAAUUCCAGUUGCUGGCAGAGUUUGAACACGAAGCGGGGGUGAACACUAUUAACCUAAACCCAGCAGGUACUUUGUUGGUGUCGGGGACUAAGGAUGGAACCGUCACCAUUUGGGAUACCAGUAGCUCAGUACAACUCCAUCAAGUCCACUGCCAUUCAGGAAAGAUCCACGAUGUGGCCUUUAGUCCUGACAGCAGACACAUCUUGAGUGUAGGAGAGGACUCGUGUCUGAAGGUAAUCGACGUCCAGACGGGCAUGAUGAUCUCGUCUGUGCAAGCUGAUGAGGAGCAGCGGUGUUUCUGCUGGGACGGGAACACGGUCCUGUCGGGCGGUCAGUCCGGACACCUCCAGGUCCUGGACCUGCUAAGCAACAAAGUGACCACCAGGAUCCCUGGACAUUCAGGUGCAGUCACAGCGAUGUGGAUGAACGAGCAGUGUAGCACGGUGAUCACAGGUGGCGAAGACAAGCAGAUCAUCUUCUGGAAACUUGACUGUUGACCACGGUGCUAGAUAGUCCCUCUGUACAUGUAUGUACAGAGGUGAAGUCCAAGGGGGACACUCACAAUGAGACAUCUUUUAUACUGUCUGGCUCCAACCAAAGAGACUAUCAUCGUCGGUCAAGGUAACUACAUAGGCUGGCUGGCCUGCUGGCUGGCUCACCCAGAGAUGGUAACGCAUUAUCAUUGCACAUAUGACUUUACAAAUAUACUGGUCCAGUUAGCAGGGACAACAAUAACAACUUGGCCACCCUCAACCAUGUUAGCGUAAUAACUUGGCCAUCCUCAACCAUGUUAGCGUAACAACUUGGCCACCCUCAACCAUGUUAGCGUAAUAACUUGGCCAUCCUCAACCAUGUUAGCGUAACAACUUGGCCAUCCUCAACCAUGUUAGCGUAACAACUUGGCCACCCUCAACCAUGUUAGCGUAACAACUUGGCCACCCUCAACCAUGUUAGCGUAACAACUUGGCCACCCUCAGCCAUGUUAGUGUAACAACUUGGCCACCCUCAACCAUGUUAGCGUAACAUAUUGGCCACCCUCAACCAUGUUAGCGUAACAUAUUGACCACCCUCAACCAUGUUAGCGUUAUAACUUGGCCAUCCUCAACCAUGUUAGCGUAACAACUUGGCCACCCUCAACCAUGUUAGCGUAACAACUUGGCCACCCUCAACCAUGUUAGCGUAAUAACUUGGCCAUCCUCAACCAUGUUAGCGUAACAACUUGGCCAUCCUCAACCAUGUUAGCGUAACAACUGGGCCACCCUCAAUCAUGUUAGCGUAACAACUUGGCCACCCUCAACCAUGUUAGCGUAACAACUUGGCCAUCCUCAACCAUGUUAGCGUAACAUAUUGGCCAUCCUCAACCAUGUUAGCGUAACAACUUGGCCAUCCUCAACCAUGUUGGCGUAACAACUUGGCCAUCCUCAACCAUGUUAGUGUAACAUAUUGGCCAUCCUCAACCAUGUUAGCGUAACAUAUUGGCCAUCCUCAACCAUGUUAGCGUAACAUAUUGGUCAUCCUCAACCAUGUUGGCGCAACAUAUUGGCCAUCCUCAACCAUGUUGGCGCAACAUAUUGGCCAUCCUCAACCAUGUUAGCGCAACAUAUUGGCCAUCCUCAACCAUGUUAGCGCAACAUAUUGGCCAUCCUCAACCAUGUUAGCACAACAUAUUGGCCAUCCUCAACCAUGUUAGCACAACAUAUUGGCCAUCCUCAACCAUGUUAGCGCAACAUAUUGGCCAUCCUCAACCAUGUUAGCGCAACAUAUUGGCCAUCCUCAACCAUGUUAGCGCAACAUAUUGGCCAUCCUCAAUCAUGUUAGCGUAACAUAUUGGCCAUCCUCAACCAUGUUAGCCAAUAGAAAUGUCAAUUUGAACCUAGUGAGGGUGGUAUAGCGAUGAUUAGAUUCUGCACGUGCCCUCUUGCAGCAUUCCCUUGCUAAUUUUGCACUUCAAUGCUUUUGCCAGACUUACUGUACAGCAUGUUUUGCUUGUCUGUCUAUUGUUUAAGCGUUCAUUCAGUUGUCAUAGUGCCUUAGUGACUGACCAUUUAAUCAUGAUGUAAUUGACCGCAUAAUGGUCGGAAUAAACCUCUGGCACAAAACAAACUGUAUAGCAAGCAGUGUUUCAGAAAUACCUGCAGUAGAGAUUAUCAUGACAAUAAAUAAAUGUACAAUGUAACACACUUUGAGCAGCUGGAAAAGCUCUAUAUAAAUCCACUCCAUUCAUAGUAUUAUUAAAUGCACACAUGCUACAUAAAGAUAUAUUCAUUCGAUUUAUUUUCACCCACAAUUUUCAUUUGAGAGCAGCAGUAAUUCAUUGCUAAUGCAUGGGAAAUGUCCAAGAGUUAUUGUAGAUUUCAAAUUAAAAAUAAAUAAAAACGGAAUAUAUUAAUGCACCUAACUGUUGAACUUACACUGAGGCAUAAUUCAAAAUAAUGUUUAUAAGCGCUUUGGCCCAACUGUAUUUGGGGAACUGCUUUACUGUGACUGAGUAGACUCAGGAACUCUCACCCAUGCAAAGAGCGCAUUUCUUUCAAGUUUGUCAACCUUGUUAUAGCAAGAUAAAUAUGUGUGUUACUGAAACAUUGUGCUAUGGCAUAGACUGCCAAUGCACUGUGUAACUAACCAUAUACCACCCUGUACAUCCAUUUUAAUAGAGAUGACCCAUCUUGUUUUAUUACUUUAGAUUUUAUUUACAUUAUGUGGAGCUUAAACCUGUAUUAACAAGGUAGUUACAUAGCCAAGUACUGUAGAAUGUAAUUGCAGUAUUGGAACAUAGUUUUAAGUACUAUGAUACAUGUUUUCCAUUUGUGUAAAAUUACACAUUUAGACUUUUUUUAUAUACAUCGUAUUUGUGAGGGGGAAACCUCCAAUUUAGAUGUAGUUUAACCUCCCCUUUCCUAUUACUUUCGAUUGCACAGUUGUCUCCACUGUGAUCAGUUUAUUUGCGAGUCCUUGUAAUCCUUAGACAGGUGUAACAGUUGUAAGUAAUAUGUAACAAAAUGUACUCAGAAUCUAGUACCACUACUAGCACUGUAAGUAAAAGCUGCCAGCAGCAUUUGGCCUAAUGGGAAGUAGCUAAAAACGAAGCAGUGCCCUCCUAGUGACGUAAGUGAAUGUAUUUGAGUGAGGUUGCUGAGACAAACUAUGCUGUAAAUCGGGAUGUCUACUAUCUUUCAUGCCUCAGGGCUAACAGUGUUAUGUUGCUGCAGUAUGUCCUCUCAGCUUUUGUGUACUGUACAGAUCCUGCUCAAUAAAAUAUUGCACAUCUGUGAAUAUAAGAGUA